AUUUCAGUUCAGUGGAAUUUUCAACACACAAACAAAAACUCCAUGAGCACGUUGAAGACCGUAUUUUGGCUUUUGAAUUGGAAUCAUGUUUAAAUUCAAUUUUAUCACCGAAGAAAACGACAGGGAUGGAUCUAAGGCAGAAGAAGAAAAAGUUGCAGAGACAAAAACGGAAAUCGAAACAAAGACUGAAUCAAAGCCUGUAAACAAACACGAUGAAUGCCAUGAAAUCGUUCCAUCGAAAGAACAGACCGAACGAGAUUAUUUCGCACCAAACUUAGUUGCGACACUGAAUUCUAUCACCUUCCAUGAACACAAAGUGCAUCAUGUGUCGAUUGAGGAUAUUAUUGAAAAAUUAGCCGGGCAAUUCGAUGACAUAAGCUGUGCCGAAGAGAAUCACUCGGAUUUGAUUGCAGGCAUUUAUGAAGGAGGUGCCAAAGUAUGGGAAUGUACCGAAACCGUGGGAGAGUAUUUGACAAAAACAACAGAUGGAACCAAAUGCUUGAUCGAUGACUUCCGAAACAGCAGCGUUUUGGAUCUGGGCUGUGGUGCAGGCAUUCUCGGAAUACUUGCCCUGCAGAAUGGUGCAUCAGUUCAUUUUCAAGACUAUAAUAAAACCGUGCUAGAGCACAUCACAAUACCAAAUGUACUUGUGAACACAAAAUCUGUAGAGAAACUUCAAGAACGAUGUCGAUUUUAUUCCGGCGAUUGGACGAAUUACGCUGAAAAGACGGAAGAUGGAGAGAAAUUCGAUUUUAUUCUAACGUCAGAGACAAUUUACAAUGUUCAGAAUUAUGAUAAGAUAAUCCAUAUCAUCAAAACAAAGCUGAAGCCAACAGGAGUGUGCUACUUGGCAGCAAAGGUUCACUAUUUCGGAGUUGGUGGUAGCUUAAGACAAUUUGAACAGAUUCUUUUGAAAGAGGACAUUUUCGAGACAGAAAGUGCAUUCAAAUGCAAUGACAAUAUUGGAAGGGAAAUUUUAAAAAUUACUUUCAAAUAAAUGCACUCAUUUUGUUAAUCAACAUGACUGUGAUCAUUCUUCGACUCUUUGUUGCUUUUCUCAGCUCAAUACCUUCCCAUAACGGCAUUGAUCCGAGGAAUAGCGCUUCGCCAGCGUCGCACUUUGCACGCCACCUUAUGAUUGCAUCAGCGAAUGGAUGAAUAAUUAUUGCCGACAAGAGAAAAAAAGACCUUGUGAUAAGUUACGAUGUAUUUAUUUUGAAUGAAUGGAAUUUACAGAUACUUAUUACCUAUAAAUAUCGGGUACUCUAACAAAUUCACCGAAUGAAGCAAA